AUGAACCAACAGACCACUCUUCCAAAUGAGCCGCUCUUUGCACAGCUUCUACACCUCUCGAAGCACACCCAGCAUGUUGUCAUCCAUGAUUCAGCGUCGGGUGUGGAAGCAAAUGCGGCACAGCUUCUGGCAAGCAUGAUGACCAUGCGACGGUCGAUAUACGAUUCGUUGCCGAAGACCAAAUUCAACGAGAAAGCUCUUGUCGCUGGCAAUAUGCCGUCAUUGUUGGUGAUUGCACCAGGAGGCUACGAGUAUUUUGUCGCUGCAUUUGCUACUCUCAGUCUCGGUGCGGCGGUGGUGCCCACUUCAAUGGGCAUAAUGCCAGAGGAAGCGCACUAUCUCCUACAAAGAUGCACGUCUACUUGCAUUCUAGCAGGUUCCCAAUGCAUGGACCGUGCCGAGGAGAUCAAGAUCUAUGCGGCAUAUCAAGGCCUGGAAGUCACUGUGGUCCCUAUCACGACGGAGCAAACCCCGGGCGUCGUCCCUGUCAUCGAUGAAGCAUUGACCAUUCCGCCGGAUCAUCCCAGUAUGAUCCUCUUCACGUCAGGCUCAACUGGUCCGCCGAAGGGAGCAGUCCACUCCCGGCGUCUUUUUCACUCCUCGCCCAAGAAUCCUUCAGGGGAGGUCUUUCUCAGUCACCGUCCGAUUCACUGGGUUGCCGGCGCAAUGCCUCCACUCAAGCAACUGCUGAACGGCUCUCGGGUCGAAACCCUCCAGCAAGUGGCAAUGGACGACCUCGCCCAAGCCCUGUGGGAGCGUCUGCGCAAAGGCGACGUGACCAUCGUCUCCUGCACCCCGCCAGUGUGGUCGCGCAUGGCUAAGUACUUCCAAGAACAUCUCCGCCAGCUCCCCAAAGACGAACUCAGUCAAUACACCCGUGGGAUCCAGAACUUGCGUGUUGCACGGGUCAGCGGCUCUGCUACAGCACCUUCAGUUCUGCGCUUCUGGCGAGAGAUGCUCGGUUGGCCGCUGAAAAAUUGCUAUGCGAGCACAGAACACGCUUCUCCAAUUAUGGAGACGGACAAUUUGUCCGACAUUGAUCUCGAGGCAAGUUUUAUUCGUUGCAUCGGCAAGCCACGCCCCGGUGUCAUGGUAAAACUCUCUGAAGGUGAUUCCGGAGAGAUUCUUGUAAAGAGCCCAUUUCUGUUCUCAGGGUAUCUCGACGACGAGGAGGCAACCCGCGCCGCAUUUGACAACGAAGGAUUCCAUAAGACAGGUGACUUCGCACAUCGCGUUGGUGACGAUUACGUCCUCGAUGGUCGAGCUUCUACAGAUUUCGCCCGUUACUACGGCUACAAAGUCCCCAUCCAACUAGUUGAAAUCCACAUCAACGAGCUCCCCUACAUACACGAGGUUGUAUUCUCCCCCCCAGAAGCAGCAGGCAAGAAGAACCUGAACGCUAUUCGGGCCGAUCUCUCAGACAAGCUGGCAGCGUAUCAGCUUCCCACGGUGCUACGCAUUCUGCAAACCGGCGAGGAAAUUCCAAAGGCAGCAGUCAGCGGUAAGUUUCUUCGGAAGCAAGCGGUUGGCCAAUUCUUUCCUACUUCCCAGGACUUUGAAUUGCUGUCGAACGUUGAGGUUUGGGACGAGAAUACUGCACAGACGGGGUCACGCAAGGCGUGGGAUUGGGCUGGUUUAAGUAAUAGUACCUCAUAA